CUGGCAUUUGGCAUCAGUUGCCUGCCUGCAUCAAACUCUCUCGAGUCAACACGCCGAGCACUUUAAAUCUAAUCCACAAUGAAAUUCCUUUCGCUUGCUUUUGUCCUGGGUCUGAUGGCGGCUUUGGCUAACGCCACGCCACUGAAUCCUGGAAAUGUCAUCAUCAAUGGCGACUGCCGCGUGUGCAAUGUGAGGGCUUGAGGAAGUCGCAGCCGGGGGGAAGGAAGAUGGACCACCGCAAUCGGCUACAAUGAGCACACCGCCAGAAGUUAAAUAACAUAAAUAAAAUAUUCUUAAGCCUUAAACUGAAUUCCAAUCGAAUAUAAAACAAAUUUUAAUUUAAAUCCCA